GCAAAAUUGUGUUUAGGUAUUUGCACUUCAGGGCCACCGUACAACCUUCUCCGAAGAGCUCCGAAAAGCUCCGAGGGGACUCGAAGCUUCUACAAGCCGGAAGAACACAACCAGCGAGGAGGUGAUGGAGAUAGACUGCCAGCCUGAAGAGUCCAUCAUCUCUUCAUUUGAUGAGGACUGUGUCGAGCUUUGCGACGUCAAAGACAUGAGACUGGAAGCAGAAGCCGUCGUCAGUGAUGUUCUUUUUGCCGUCGCUGAAAUGUACGUGUCGCACAGUCUCAGCAGUGCGUUGGACGUGGCUUACAUUAACGUGGAAACCAGAGAGGGAAACCGGUACUGCCUGGAGCUGACCGAGGCAGGACUGAGGGUGGUGGGCUAUGCCUUUGAUCAAGUGGAUGAAGAUAUGAGCACCCAGUAUCAUGAGACUGUUUACUCACUUCUGGACACGCUGAGUCCCGGGUACAGAGAAGCUUUUGGAAAUGCUCUGCUGCAGCGACUCGAGAGGCUGAAGCAGAACGGACAAUAAAUAGGACCAUGACACUGCAUUAGUUGUUCAAAUGAAACAGAAGCUGAGGAUGUGGGUGCAUUUGGAUACGGGCUAAAUAACCAAGUUUGCUCAAAUAUCAUAGCCUCUUCUGUGACGUUUACCUGCCUAGCUGCCACUACAAAGAGGGCGCCACCCGGCCCGAUCCACUCUGCUUUCUUCUGACUUUCAUACCAUCGAAUGACUCCAUGUUAGCUUAGUGACUGCUAGGGAAUGGCUGUGUGGGGUCCUGUUGCAACAUUGUGUUGUUGACUUCACUGUGGAAAGGUCCUCCUGCUUCCACACGUUACACCUCUGUGACUGUGAAUUCUGCACCUUUUGUACCUGUCAAAAUGAUCUAAGAAAGCAGCAGCUCAUUCUUAUGAAGUAUUCAUCCAGUUCCCACCCUCCACCCUGCCUGCACUAAAGCUAUGAACUCAUAUAUGAACAACUGGUUCUUAUUUAGCAGGUGUGAAAGAGCCAAAGCUAUCCUCCAUCAGCUUAACUCAUAUAAACUGCCUUAAUGACUGACUUUUGGUUCAAAAGUACAAAAAGAAACUCAUUUCCUAACCUUUUAGUAACAGAAAGAAAAUGUAUUUUGUGGGGCUGUGACGUCACAUGGUAUCAUUUUUCUCUGCAUACUGCACAGUGUAUUGGAACUCAAGCUUUCAUUUCUAGCUGCUCCUGUAAAAGUAGAGAAGCUAUCCUUGUGGAGGUUUAAAUUAUGAUUUAAAGAUACUUGUGUUGUAGUCUUGUCUUCAAUUUUUGGAACACGUUGCCAGGAUGCACAGUAUGUGUCAGACUUUUAUAGCUGCCUAAAGAAGAUGUUGGUUUACUGUACAUGUGACCGGGUUAUGAUUCUGAUACUUCAGUGUUAAUUUGAGUAAACUUUAUCCUUUUGUUUUCCUACACUAUCUUGCUGCUGGCCUUUGCAUAGACCAAUAAAGUCUCAAACACAUCAGU